UCAGCUACGCUAGUGUCACAUGGCACUGAAACAGAUGUUGUGACGUCGACCAAGUAACACCUAUUGCAAUAUUCAGGAUAUCAAUGAAUCCUGCGUCACUCCAUCAUUUGCACUGCGGGCACCAUGGCAGUACAGGUAUAUGUUGUGGCAGCACUGAUGGCUUCGGCCUCUGCUCUGAUUGCACCGAUGAAGAAACCAGAUGGGACUGUGGACUUGGAGAGUGUCCAUACCCACAUCCUGCUGCUGGAACAGAAGUUCGCUAGCCUGGCUAAAUCAUCUGAAGUGGAGACCCUCAAGUCCAAAGUUAGGACGUUGAAGUCUGAAAGUACAAGAACUAGACGUCAGAUACAGGCCGUCAACGCCACCGUCAUGGAAACAAGAUCUGCCGUGCAGGAAGCCAAUGUGUACAGUAAUAGGUCCAACGUUGCGUUUGAAGUAUCGAAUGAAAAAGCAGGGCACACCGUCCAAGCAAGUCAAAUCUUCAAGUUUGACACAGUUACUCUAAACAAUGGUGGCGGGUACCACGCUCCUACUGGUGUAUUUGAAGCUCCCGUGUCCGGCACCUACCUGUUCUGGGCGAGCAUCGCCCCUAAAGCACGCAUCCACGUGGUUCUGUACAAGGAGGGUACACAGAUAGCGGUCGCGGUUGGCUCCGAUACUGUCAGUCUUACGUAUGCCACAGAGGUGAAGAAAGGGGAAAAGGUUUGGUUUCAGAGCUACAAAUACGCUUCGGAAAUCUGGCACUAUCGACAUUCUACAUAUGGGGGAGCCUUGAUCCAUCAGCAUAGCGUGUAGCAUCAUAUCCGGCUUACAGCUAAAUAAAAUGUCAAUCUGAAAA